CCUUCACAAUUAGUCCGCUGAGUAUGCCGAGCUGUGGCCACGUUCAGUACCCUUGUCCGUUGCGAAUCAAAGUGAAGUGAAAUUCGAGGUAGUUCGGUAGUCACUGCGACGUAAGACAGACGUAAGGGGGUUGAAUAGCGGAAGUGGUGGUUGCGAUGAAAGGACUGGCCGUUGGGACGUUUCUGCUGGUGGUUGCUGUGGUUAUUUACACGCAACCGAAGCUGACGGAGGCCAAGGAAUCUCACGGAAGCUGCUCAAGAGGAGGAGGAUCUCGCGCCGGAUCUUGCGUUGAUGGUGCAGGAGCCGGAGCAGACAGGCGGACGCGGCUGACAGGACACAAUAAACAAACACAGGAAGGAAAAUAUGCUAAAUCCGUGGAAAGCCGAAAGCUCAAGAGAGAAAACCCAGGAGACAGGAGAGAGGAGAAAAUAGUUGGGAAUAAGAGAAAGGGAGAGGUAAAGGAGGCAAAGUCUAGAAGGGGGAAGGGAAAGAAGGAUAAAUACGGAGGGAAGAAAGCAAAGGAGAACAAAUGGACGAAGAACAAGGACAAACAACACGCGAGGAAGGUUAAUAAUGGCCAAAAUCGAGGAGUGAAAGGCACAGAAGAACGAAAGAGGAAGGAGAAGAGAGCCACGAAGAACGAAAAAAAAGCAGAAGAGACAAAGAAGAAAGAAUCACUAAAAGGGAAGACCAAUAAAGCAAGGAAGAACGAAAAAAUCGAAGAAGAAAACAAAACCAAUGGACUAAAACAUGAAGGAAAAAAGGCUACAGGUCAACAGGCCGACUCUCAAAGCAAAGAAAACGGAACUCCGGCUAGUGAAGGGGUAACUGAACCAAAAAUCGAUUCUUUGACGAUGCCCACUAACCCAGAGAAUAACGAAGAGAUCCAAGACAUUUCGAAAGGGAAUCUGCAAAACGAAGGAGGGAAAGGUGCAAAUGAUGCCCGUAGAAUAUACAAACCAAGUCUCCUGUCAGUGGCUAUGGAAUUCGACUCAUCUGAAAUGGAAGAAUAUGAAGAACUCGAAGCGCACGGCAUAGAAAACGGGGUGACCAGAGGCGAGGAGGCCUUCGACGGCAGAAAGAAAAUGAAAAAAUCCGUAGAUAAGGAUGCAGGGAAGAGUGAUAAAGAUGGGAAUGACACGGACGAAGAUGAUAAGAACGGCGGUACCGAAAGCGAUAUACAUGGCAGCCCAGGAAAAGGUGGAAACAACGAAAACGAAGAUGAAAAUGUGACGAAUAGUGAGACGCCGAAGGAUGAGACAAAUGAAUCACAAAAUACGUCACAAGGAAAUGAAAAUUCCGAAACAAAUGAAAAUUCCGGAGCAAAGGAACUGAAUUCAAAUCAAGAUAAUCCCGAAGCAAAUGAAGGAAAUUCCGAAACACACAAAGAUAAUUCCGAAGCGAAUGAAGGUAAUCCCGAAGCAAAUAAAGAUAAUUCCGAAGCAAAUGAAGAUAAUUCCGAAGCAAAUAAAGAUAAUUCCGAAACAAAUGUAGAUAAUUCCGAAGCAAAUAAAGAUAAUUCCGAAACACAUAAAGAUAAUCGCGAAGCGAAUGAAGAUAACUCAGAGACAAAUAAGAAAAAUUCCCAAGCAAACAUGGACAAUUCUCAAGAUACAGAGACCACAACAGGUGACGCCAAGGAUACAAAGGGGGAGAGUAAACAUCAUGAUAACGAAGGGAAUAGAGACGAUAAUUUGAUAACGAAGGACGAAGAAGUGAGGAAAAUAGACGCCGGGUACAUGCUUCACGUUGGCGCCGAGUUUGAUUCUUCACAAAUGGAAGAGAAUUUGGAAUAAGGCGGAGGUAAUAGCGGAUAAAAGGAAGCAAAGAGAUAAUUGCGGAUAAAAGGAGGCAAAGACAUAAAAGCGGAUAAAACGAGGCAAAGACAUAAAAGCUGAUAAAAGGAGGCAAAGACAUAAAAGCGGAUAAAACGAGGCAAAGACAUAAAAGCUGAUAAAAGGAGGCAAAGACAUAAAAGCGGAUAAAACGAGGCAAAGACAUAAAAGCGGAUAAAACGAGGCAAAGACAUAAAAGCUAAUAAAAGGAGGCAAAGAUAUAAAGAGAGGGAAAAGAUAAUUGAUGAUAAGAGGAGGAAUAAAGAUAAGAAGCAAGAGAAGAUUGAGGACAUGUGAUUUUUACUUAAUUCUCCAAUGAAGGUCAUUUACUUUUAUUAUACCUUUUUCCCGUUACGUGAUGUAUGAUUUACGAGUAACUAUAAUGUCCAUUUGUUUAUAAAUUUCUUAAAAGUUUUUUUUUUAUGUUCACCAAUUACAAUGUGAUUUGGAAGUAAAAUUUGUAAUGUGAAUUGUUUAGGCUUUAAUAAAGUGACAUGAAUA